AUGGAUAAAAAAGAAAAUCUUGGAGCAAUCAGCAACUUCUGUGUCGAUUAUCAAAAAUGUGCUGAACCCAUGAAAUGUCAAGCAGACGAGAAAACGAUUGGCCGUAUUAAUAAAAUACUCGUUCAUUGUGAAGUCAUACAGUUCCGUCAUAGAGUGGAUUUCAGCGGCUGUGCUGACAAAUUGAAUGCAAUGAAUACAACUUGUUAUCGAGAAUGGAAUCCAUUUCCACAGAAAGUCGAUGACUCGGACUAUAUGGGAAAAGAUAACUGUUUGGAAGGAUUGAUCACUGGAAUUUGUGGUGCAGAUAUGUGGAAGAAGCACAAGGAACACUAUUUGUCUAUGAACGAGAAACUUAAAUCAUAUUAA